UGGAGGCCCGAGACAAAUACUUUCCACCUGCGCCAAGGAGAGGCGACGAUUACCUUGCAGGAUGUUGGGGUUAUACUUGGUCUCAGAGUAGAUGGUGAUGCAGUGACGGGCACCGAUGACUUCAACUAUGUCAAGGCGUGUGAAGAAUUGUUGGGUCACUGUCCUACAAUGAAGGGGGAAAGAUCAAGCUCGAAUGAUUAAGGAAUAACUUUAUGAAUGUAUCGAUCGAUGCGACUGAUGAGAUCAUUAAGAGCUAUGCCCGUGCAUAUAUUUUACAUAUGAUCGGUACUAUUCUGUUUCCGGAUUCCACUAAGGAUUCCGUGCACGUGAGAUGGUUACCGCUUCUUGGGGACCUAUCAGAGUGUGGAGAGUUAUCUUGGGGGAGUGCAGUGUUAGCCUACUUGUAUAGAGAGAUGAUGAAAACAGCACUCGUACACAAUAAAGAAUUGAAGGGCUGCCUCACUUUGCUGCAGAUAUGGUCAUGGGAGCGAUUGCAUUUGGGAACACCUGAUUUGAGGGAGGCCCGCGCUCUCGAUGGCCAUAUUCCGUUAGGCUGCAGAUGGAAUGUGUCCAAAUCUUGGCAAACCUCUCCAAAGGGGCAUGAAAACUUUUACAGAAAUGAGCUUGAUCAGAUGGAGGAUGAACAGGUCAAAUGGAUGCCCUACGAGCUAGUGUUGGAGUCACUACCGGAUAUUUGCCGAGAAGGUGAGGAUGUAUGGCGUGCUCGCGUCCCCCUUAUAUGCUUUGAGAUUGUCGAAAUGCACGUGCCUGACCGUGUGCUUCGACAAUUUGGACUACGGCAACAUAUUCCAGCGCCUGUGGAGAGAAUAGAGAGAGAUCCAAGAAAAGGUGCACAUCGUGCUAAUUGGGAAAUGAUUCGCCGAAAUUACAUCCAUAGGUGGGAAUUAAGGGAGGAACAUGUAGUGAUGGAGAGGGCUGAUGCACCUGACCUAGGUGUGUACCUACGGUGGUAUUGGGGGAUUACUCGCCGGUGGAUAUUUCAGGAAAACAAAGCCCCGAAGGAGUACAUACCAAGAGGCCCAGUCGAGAGAGAGUUGGUACAAGAGCUCGAGGAGCUUUCUACUAUGGCACAUGACGCAUUGAGCACGACUACCGAGCAGGAGCCGAGGAACAUGUUCCUUCGAAUGAUAAAAAAGAUACGGUCGGCUCUUCAGAGGACGUGUCAUGCAAGCCGUGAUGGACAGGAGGAGCGACCAAUUGAGUACGGGCGGCGACAUCGACGAGGACACACGGGGGCGGGAUCAAGCUGUGCGCAUGAUGAAGCUGGCGGCUCACAGCAGACUCAGGCCGGAUGUUCACAGGCGGUUCGAGACGACACAGAUGUCAUGCACUCCCAACUUCACACACAACCGGACGAGGAACUUAUCCGAGCUCACGUCGAAGGUGAUCGAGGAAGGGGGAGAGGAAGAAGAGGGAGAGGGAGAGGGAGAGGAAGAGCGAGGGGAAAGGGCGUUGUUGAUAUUUGUUAAGUUUCGAUGGACUUGAUAGGAUGUUUGCGUUUGAGUUGCAAUUUGGACUUGAUAUGUUGUUUGUGCUGCGAUGGAUUUGAUAUAAUGUUAAGUUUACAAAUAUGAAUUGUACGUAUUAUAUU